GCUAAGGCAAAGGGGAGGGAAAUAUACAAUUGCUGUGAUUGGCUCAAAAUCAUCCCGGAAGUAAUAGUCGAAAGGGAUUGUUUUGUUUUACAAGUGUUGUUCCUGGUGUUUGGUAGAAACGUUACUGGAGGGGACAUGGUGUGCGAGAAAUGUGAGAAGAAGCUGGGUACUGUGAUCACCCCAGACACAUGGAAAUCUGGUGCACGCAAUACUACAGAAAGUGGAGGUCGAAAACUCAAUGAAAAUAAGGCUUUGACGUCAAAGAAGGCAAGGUUUGACCCAUAUGGAAAAAAUCGGUUUGCAAUUUGUCGCAUUUGUAAAAGCUCAGUUCACCAAGCAGGUUCUCACUAUUGUCAGGGAUGCGCUUAUAAAAAAGGCAUUUGUGCAAUGUGUGGGAAGAAGGUUCUGGAUACAAAAAAUUACAAGCAGACCUCAGUUUAAUAAAAUAUAUUGAAGCUGACAAUGGAAAACUUGUGUCUGAUUAAUCUCUAAACUGUACUCCAAGAAAGGAAAAUGAGAUCUGUAACCACACUGCAAUUGUAAAUAGUGGUUAUGUUGUGUGCUUUUUAUUUGUUUUGUUUUUUUAAAUCUAAAUAUUCAUUUUAAAAAUAUUUGGUUUGAUUUAUCGUUUUAAUAAACAUUUUUCCCUUUUUGUUCUAA